AUGCUGGUGGGCGACUCGGGGGUCGGCAAAACCUGCUUGCUGGUGCGGUUCAAAGACGGCGCUUUCCUCGCCGGCAGCUUCAUUUCCACAGUUGGAAUCGACUUCAGGAAUAAGGUGCUGACGGUGGAUGGGGUGAAGGUGAAGCUGCAGAUCUGGGAUACGGCCGGACAGGAGCGCUUCCGCAGCGUCACCCACGCCUACUACCGGGAUGCCCACGCCCUGCUCCUACUCUACGAUGUCACCAACAAAGCGUCGUUCGACAACAUCCAGGCUUGGCUGACAGAGAUUCAUGAAUACGCGCAGCAAGAUGUGGUCCUGAUGUUACUGGGAAACAAGGUGGAUUCAGCCCAGGACAGAGUGGUGAAAAGGGAAGAUGGAGAAAAAUUAGCCAAGGAGUACGGAGUGCCCUUUAUGGAGACCAGCGCAAAAAGUGGCCUCAAUGUUGAAUUAGCGUUCACAGCCAUUGCAAAAGAACUGAAGCACAGGUCCAUGAAGCUGCCCAACGAGCCCAAAUUCAAGCUCCAUGACUACGUGAAGAAGGAAGUGAGAGGCUCAAGCUGCUGCAGGUCCUAA